GACGCGGUCCCCGGGCUAUGGUUAGGGAAGUGGGCGUGGUGGAGAGAUGGGCGGUGAAGAGACCUGGCCCUUCAGGGGAGGCGGGCGGAUCCGUGGCGAUGACCAGAAGGGUCAUCGGAAGGGGGUGGCCGUCGGCCGGGCCCCGCCCUGGGGCCGCCUCCCGGCGGGUUCCGUUGGCUGUGGCGGCAGCUGACGCUUGUGGCUGCGCUGGCGGCAGUGGCUUCGGGGUGGGCGUAAGAUGGCGACAGCAGCGGCGGGAGCCCUAAGCUUGCUGUGGGGCUGGCUGUGGAGCGAGCGCUUCUGGCUACCCCAGAACGUGAGCUGGGCUGACUUGGAGGGACCGGCAGACGGCUACGGGUACCCGCGCGGCCAGCAUGUCCUCUCAGUGUUUCCGCUGGCGGCGGGCAUCUUCUUCGUGAGGCUGCUCUUCGAGAGGUUUAUUGCCAAACCCUGUGCACUCCAUAUUGGCAUCGAGGACAGUGGUCCUUAUCAGGCCCAACCCAAUGCCAUCCUUGAAAAGGUGUUCAUAUCUAUUACUAAGUAUCCUGACAAGAAAAGGCUGGAGGGCCUGUCAAAGCAGCUGGAUUGGAAUGUCCGAAAAAUCCAAUGCUGGUUUCGCCAUCGGAGGAAUCAGGACAAGCCCCCAACGCUCACUAAAUUCUGUGAAAGCAUGUGGAGAUUCACUUUUUAUUUAUUCAUAUUCUGCUAUGGAAUUAGAUUUCUCUGGUCGUCACCUUGGUUCUGGGACAUCCGACAGUGCUGGUAUAACUAUCCAUUUCAGCCUCUGUCAAGCGGACUUUAUUACUAUUAUAUCAUGGAAUUGGCCUUCUAUUGGUCCCUUAUGUUUUCUCAGUUUACAGACAUUAAAAGAAAGGACUUCCUGAUCAUGUUUGUACAUCACUUGGUUACCAUUGGGCUUAUCUCCUUCUCCUACAUCAACAAUAUGGUUCGAGUGGGAACUCUGAUCAUGUGUCUACAUGAUGUCUCAGACUUCUUGCUGGAGGCAGCCAAGCUGGCCAAUUAUGCCAAGUAUCAGCGGCUCUGUGACACCCUUUUUGUGAUCUUCAGUGUUGUUUUUAUGGUUACACGUCUAGGAAUCUAUCCAUUCUGGAUUCUGAACACGACCCUCUUUGAGAGUUGGGAGAUAAUCGGGCCUUACACUUCCUGGUGGCUCCUCAAUAGCCUUCUGGUGAUCCUACAGGUUCUGCAUGUCAUCUGGUCCUACCUGAUUGCACGGAUUGCUUUGAAAGCCUUGAUCAGGGGAAAGGUGACCUGUCCAGGAAGAAUUAGACCCUGUACUCUCCACUCUUUCCUCACCUCCUUCCUUUUUUCUAUGCCUGGCAGGAGGUGGACAGUUUCAUCUCUUGCAUGUAAGUGUAUCUGUGCUUCUAGUACUCAGUGAAGCAUGUCCUUCUGAAUGUGGUUCUCUUUCCUCCUGCUCUCCUUUCUGUUCCCUUGUGUUUGCCUCAGAGCAUGCCCUCUCUCCUGACUUUAUGGGACCAUUAUUGACUACAGCUGCAGUUGCCAGAUUUUUUUCCUAAAUUGAGGCAAGAAUUGAGUCUACUUUUUUUUCUUUUCUUGAGUCUCUGUUUACCUGAAGUCUAGAGACACUCUGCCCUGUGGUGGAAAUAUCCUAAAGAUCAGGUAAUCAAUUAGUCAUCUGGGUUCAGAUGUCAGCAGCUAUAAUCAACUACAGCAGAGUCAUCAAACACAAAUUCAAGAGGCUAAUCCAAAGCAAAUGCUCACCUCCUUGGCAACAGCUGUUACAGCUAUGUUCCUUUUCGCUUCCUUCUCUCCUUUACUUAAACCAUAUUUGUUAUCCUUCAGUUCUGGAGGUCAGAAAUCCUACACAGGUCUCACUGGGUUUCUGUUCUUUUAGAGUCCAGGAUAGAGGUUUUUUUUGUUUGUUUGUUUUUGAGACAGAAUUUUGCUCCAUUGCCAAGGCUGGAGUGCAGUGGCGCAAUCAUGGCUCACUGUAGCCUUAACCUCCUGGGCUCAACAGAUCCUCCUGCUUCAAUUCAGCCUACCAAGUAGCUAGGACUACAGUUGCAUGUCACCAUGCCCAACUAAUUUUGUCAUUUUUUAUUUUUUGUAGAGACAAGUCUCUCACCAUGUUGCCCAGGCUGGUCUCAAACUCCUGAGUUCAAGCAAUCCUGCCUUGGCCUCCCAGAGUGCUAAGGUUAUAGGUAUAAGCCACCAUGCCUGGCCCAUGGUAGAGAAAUUGAAAUACUUUGCUUGAUAUGCAGGAUCGUUUAGAUUGGGAAACGCUGCUGUAAUCCAGAUGCUUCAUUUGAAAAUACCAAACAAAAAAGCCCAGGUUAACAAGCAUUCACAGAUGGUAGCAUGAUUAAAAAAAGAAAAGCUGAGAUUCUUUUCUCAUUGACUGCCAAUCCAUUUUUGUUUUCACUAUAUUGUGUAUCUUAGGGAUGCUGAAGUUUCAC